CUCAAGAUCGGUGACCGCUACACAAUGGAUGUGCUGGGUGUUGUGGACAUCAACGCUUGGAUUUUACUUAUUGUUUUUGCAUUGAUUGCUAUUUACAUAUACGUGAAAUGGAAGUUUGGAUUAUGGCGUCGUCUUGGUGUCCCGGGUCCUGAUCAUCUCCCAUACAUUGGAGCAGUAAAAGAAAUUAAAGAGCUGGGAAUGCAUGGAUUUGACGAAAAGAUGAUCCAAUCCUAUGGAAGCAUUGUCGGUCUCUACUUAGGAUCUAUUCCUUCUCUACUGAUAGCAGACCCCGAGAUAAUCAAGAAAAUAACAACUAAAGACUUCUCAAAGGCUCCAAACAGAUUGAAUGUUGUUCGAAACAAAAGUGAACUCAAACAUGGCUUGUCUGCUGUUGAAGAUGACCACUGGAGAUUUAUGAGAAACACACUUUUACCAACAUUUUCAAGUGGGAAAAUGAGAAAGAUGAAUCCCAUUCUGAGAAAGAAAUAUCAGUUAUUGCUGGAAGGUCUUAAAAAAGAGGCGGAUGAAGGAAAGACCAUAGAAUUUAAAGAAAUAUUUGGAAGGUACACGAUGGACGUUAUAGCUGCACUCGGAUUCGGAAUGGACAUAGACUCGCAGACAAACCCAGAUAAUAAAUUUGUGAAAUAUGCCAAAGAGCUGUUCAACAACAAGUUAUCGUUGCGUUUUUUUCUGAUUUUUGUUUUGCCAUUUGCUGAACGUAUAUUGGACUACUUUGAGUUAUCACCGUUAAAUAAUCGAAGAGUGAUGAACUUUUUUAAAUCGGCUGUACAUCAGGCAGUUAAAAUGCGAGAUGAAGGAGAUCAGAAUAGAACAGAUCUGCUACAGUUAAUGUUGAAUGCUCAUAAAGACACCGAAAAGAAUGAAAUAGAGAGUGAACACAGCUAUGAAGAGGAUCCUAACAAAUGGAAAAAGCGAGGUUUGACUGAAGAUGAAGUGACCGGGAAUGCUCUUCUAUUCAUACUUGCUGGGUUUGAUACAACGGCGAGCAGCUUGACUUUUAUGGCAUACUGUCUGGCAACGAACCCAGAUUGCCAAGAAAAACUCAUUGAGGAAAUCGAUUCAACUUUAGGAAAGGAGAUACCAACUUAUGACAAUGUACAGAAGAUUGACUACAUGGAGUGGGUUUUCAAUGAGACACUUAGACUCUAUCCGCCAGCUGUAAGAACAGAUCGGGUGAGCAAAGUUGAGAUGGAUAUAGGCGGAUACAAGAUUCCAAAGGGCGUUGAUAUGUCUUUUGCUAUUUAUUCACUACAGAGAGAUCCUAAAUACUGGCCAGAACCUGACAAAUUUGAUCCAGAAAGGUUUUCUCCUGAAAACAAGGCUGAGCGUCACCCAUACGCCUUCCUUCCAUUUGGCCAUGGACCUAGAAACUGUAUAGGGCAACGCCUAGCUGCCAUGGAAGCUAAAUGUGCCAUUAUCUACAUACUGCAGCAUUAUCGUUUUGUUACUUGUAGUGAAACAGAGAUUCCCGUGAAGCUAGACACUUCGGCUUUAUUAAAACCUCGAAAUGGGAUCAAGUUAAAAUUAGAAGAAAGACCAAAGGACUCUUAGAUGGAUGGUGAACUGUGAAUAAAUCUUUACUUUGAAUAUAUGUUAACUUAGAUAUAUAGAUGUAUCAGUGGUAAAUGUUUAGAAUAUGUAUUGUUAUAAAAAUUUCCUUGAAUACAGUGAUAUACAUGUAGAAAGAAUCACGAAAGAAAAUUCCAAAAUGGGUUUUUGAAAAUAAAUAUGUGAAGUAAUGCAUUGUGGGUGUGUAUACAUGUAUGUCUGUGUAUUUCCCAUUAAAAUUUUAAGUUAUUCAAACCAAAUUUCAGUACAAGAUCUAAAAUUAUUGUACCUAGAGCUCGAUCCUUUUACCUUGAAAUUGAUCUCACAUGUGUUUAGAAAAUCACAUACUGUGCUUUACAACCUGGCCUUGAACAUAAUCUUUGGCCUUCUAAGAACAUACUAUUGUAAGUAGCUAUAUAAGCAACUGUAAUACAUGUUUAGAAGCCUUUAAGUUAAGAUGUUUUUGUUUUAAGAGACGAAAUGUAUGUUUAAAGACUGCUGAUAAAACUGAUUCAGAUAGGGGUUUCAAUUCCUACCCUAUGAAUUAUGAAUACAAUUGACCUUUGAUCUACUUUCAAAUCCUCAAUUUACAUUACAUAAUUGUUACCACCGUAGGUUUUGACUAUUAGCAUGCAUGCCAAUAAUCAUUAGUUAUUAUCAAAGAAAAUGUCAAUACAAGAAAUAAACAUCUAGAAACUUUAA